AUGUCUGACUCUGGCUUGAAUCCAAUAUCCUCAGGUUCUGAUUCAGGCUCAGACUCGGCAGAUGAAGAACGGCCUGUGGCUCCACCAGGUGUUAAUGCUUCUAUCGAGCACUACCAAGAGUAUAUUAAAUACCUCCAGCUUCAACAAGGGCGGCUCCAGCAGCAGAAUAUGUCUCUGAAUGAGAGCAACAACAUUCUUGCUGCGCAACAGCUGAAAUGUUCUCACAAAUGCCCACCAUCCAGGGUACCAUCUGUAUCACAAGUAUCUGUAGCGCCAUCUGUGUCUUCUGCAUCCUCCGUCGUAGCUUCUGACUCAUCGAAGAUGGGUGACAUCGACUUGGACAAGCUUAUUUUAAGCUUGGCCAAAAAGUAUGCACUCACUACCGAGAUGUUCCUCCCCGACAAGGUCAUUUUUCAAACAGACUGUCCUGAUCCUCUAGUCAAUUUCUCGAAUCCAAAUCGUUAUGCGAAGAGGUCUACAGAAAAGGAUGCACUUGUUGCUGAACUCUAUGCAUCCAUUGACCACAUGUUGCAUGCUCGGAUGCAAACAAAUCUGUUCUUCAACCAGUUUGGGAGCGGAAUGCAGCAAGCUCACUCUUCAUUCCUAAACAGCCUGCAUACCAUUGCAGGUGGCAUCUUCAACAUGCCUAACGAAUAUUUUGUUUCCAAAUACGACUGUACUUCCCUCCAGCAGGUCACAGACUUGAUUGGAUGGGAAGCAGGCAAGGGAAAGAUGUAUGAUAUCUUCAAGGUGCCAAUACUUUACCCUGACCACAUUGUGAAUGAGAAGAAAUUUUUCAAAAAUUGGAUCAUCAUCGCAAAGGUUGUCAAGGUUGCAAUAUGUGGAAAGAUGUCAUUGUAUUCCAAAGCACGUGGCAGACCACCUUCCUAUGCCAAGAUAUGGAAGCUUACAAGCUGCACUCCUGGCCUGAUUGCAUUUGGUGUCACAUCAAUCAUAUUCAUCCUAUCUCCGGACCAGGAAUUUUCGGGCGAUGGAGUUGGUGCUAUUUCCUCAAUCGCAUAUCACUCCGUCUUUCAGACAGUCAAGAAAUUCUUCGUUGUUAAGUGGGCCCACCAGCACAUCAAAUCUAUUGUCGAUGAAAUCAAUGGAUAUGUCUUCAGUAGUACUGUAAAGAUGCAGCCAUCCGAUGACACUCAGUGUACUGUGGAGCGCAUCACUGAAUCACUUGAUCGCAUUAUGGCUGCGCUAGACACCAGCGAUUCAGACUUGAAUGAUGAGUCAUUGGAAUAUGUCAACUUGCAAGAGCAGGCUAAUAAAGAUGUACACCUUGCCACUGUAGCCGCAGCGCCAACCAUCGCAACCUUGCAACCUACUAUGUUCACUGUCGACACUCCUCGACUUGAAGUUGCAGCCCCAGGGCCUGCUGUCAUUCCACAACCUUCUAUCUCAACUCCACCUAUUCCGACACCCAUGGCACUGCAUGCAGAGACUUUGGCCAAUCCCCAGGAUCAGAGUGAGGAUGCAUUACCAGCCGCUGGGCUUAUUGGUUUUGCCAAAUCUCAGGCAAAGACAUCCAGGGGCAAGAAGAAAACUAAGUCGUCAGCCAAUGAUAUCACAACUAUUCACUGCUCCUCACGUCACACAACAACAUGA